AAAAUAGCAGAUCCGUACCACAUUGGAUGAGGCGAGUUGCAGAAAGGUAUAUUUAAUUCAAAAAUGGAAAAAAGAGAUUGAAAUAUAUUGAAAUAUAUACAAAGCUGAAUAUAUAUAGCUCAUUAUUGUUAUUUUAUUGUGUUUGUUUUUUUAAAUAUUUUUUUAAACUUUAGUUAAUUUAGUAAACAUGUGACAUAAAAUUUGAUUGGAUGAUUUGAUUUGAGAGUGGAAGGGGAAAAUGGUGGUCAAAAAGCUGCAUAUUCCAACUUGAGUAUUUAAACUAAUUUGUAACACUGUAGCCCUCAGGGCAAAAGCACUGCCACUUGUUUGCUUAUCUCUUCCUUGACAAGUCCUUUCUAUAACCAGUUGUUGUUUCUGUUGUCUUUCAAGGCUGUUGUGAGGAAGAGGGGUAACUAAAUCAGGCUGAAGGAUGAAGUCUAAAGGGAAGGCCGCUAAGUCAUCCAGAAAACCCUGGACCGGGCAAGACCUGGACCUUGAACCAGAGAACAGAGAACCAGGCACCAGCGAACAGGAGGGCUCUGAGGCCUCGGUCCGUAUUGGAGGCUCCUGGAGAGGCAUUCUGAGGGGCGGGGACCGCGAGCGAGGCGGAGGCGGUGGCACCACCCACGGCCCCCACAGACACCGACGGUCUCACAACAGCAACAAAGAACGCAACGUCCGGCGGCUGGAGAGCAACGAGCGGGAGCGCCAGCGCAUGCACAAACUUAACAACGCCUUCCAGGCUCUUAGAGAGGCGAUUCCGCAUGUCAAAAUGGACAAGAAGCUCUCCAAGAUCGAGACGCUGACGUUGGCUGAGAACUACAUCAAGUCCCUGACCUCCAUCAUCCUGGGGAUUUCCAGCGCCCGCCUGCCCCCUGGUGAGACACCGACAGAGGCUAGCGCUGCCAGACUGCUCCAGUUUUACCAGCAGCACCUGGAGGAGGAUGGGGAUGAGAGCCUGUCUCAGUUCCUCACCCAAAUCCACAGCUUCAGCCAGGAGAGCUAACAGCUAGCCUCAGUUCCUCACCCAGAUCAACAGCUUCAGCCAGGAGAGCUAACAGCUAGCCUCAGUUCCUCACCCAGAUCCACAGCUUCUGCCAGGAGAGCUAACAUCUAGCCUCAGUUCCUCACCCAGAUCCACAGCUUCAGCCAGGAGAGCUAACAGCUAGCCUCAGUUCCUCACCCAGAUCCACAGCUUCUGCCAGGAGAGCUAACAUCUAGGCUCAGUUCCUCACCCAGAUCCACAGCUUCAGCCAGGAGAGCUAACAUCUAGCCUCAGUUCCUCACCCAGAUCCACAGCUUCAGCCAGGAGAGCUAACAUCUAGCCUCAGUUCCUAACCCAGAUCCACAGCUUCAGCCAGGAGAGCUAACAUCUAGGCUCAGUUCCUCACCCAGAUCCACAGCUUCAGCCAGGAGAGCUAACAUCUAGCCUCAGUUCCUCACCCAGAUCCACAGCUUCAGCCAGGAGAGCUAACAUCUAGCCUCAGUUCCUCACCCAGAUCCACAGCUUCAGCCAGGAAAGUUAACAGCUUGCAGGUGCUAACUCCACAGCCAAAGAGUUGAAGCAUCCAGGCUUGACUUGAGGAGCGAAUCUCAACUGAAACCCUAUCUACCAUAUUGUACACCGCUACUCUACUUAUGACCAUGGCCAAAAGUAGUGCACAGAAUGGGGAAAGGGUGUCUUCUGAGAGGCAGCCUUAUACUCCGACAAGCUAGUGAGCUAUAGUGACAUACCUGACCAUGCACUAAAUGGAGCACACAAGAACUUGCCUCAGUAACUCCAUGAGACAGUGGUGGGAGGUGAUUUGGAGCACUGUACCCUUGACAUUCAUUCUCAGAAACAUAAUGGUGGAGUACAAGUGAAGACAGACAGACAGGCAAAGAGCACCAGCAGCCUGUGGACUAUGUCAGAUUAGACAAAGGCCUAGCCAGAGCUGUGACAGACAGAAUCCCCAAAGGACCAUGAUAUAACUUCUAGAACAGUGGAACUUAAAGUUUAUCUCACGUGGGAUUCUGAUUCUGAUUUGUGGUGAGACCCAAGUCAAAGUACAUUCCAGCGCCAUUUCAUCUGUUUUCUUAAUUUUAUUCUGUCAUUUUUAUAGCUGGCGAUUAACAGUAGUUACCUGAUUGGUCAGAAAUGUAAAAUAACUGAUUGUUAAAGUAUAGUAUUCUCCAGCAUACACUGUAGCCCACAGGGGCCCAAACUGUGUAUAUAGGACAGGCCACCCUAGCUGUAGAUAGGACAGGCCACCCCUGCUGUAGAUAAACCUUUUAGGAACAAUGUUUGUUUUCCCAGCUGAGCACUACCUCUGGACACAACAGUCACAUACAGGACAAGGAUAUGCGUACCUAUACUGGUCCCACAGACUGCCUCUGAGCGCAACAGUCAAGUACAAGACAAGGAUAUAUUUCCCUAUACUUGUCCCACAGACUUUAGUCAAAUACUGUACUGUUUAAGGAAGGGAAAGAAUACACACUGUAAUUUAAAUGAAGUGUAAAUUAUUAGAAACAUAUUUGUAUGUAUAUAUUACAUUUGGGGGUGGUUGACACAGUUAUUUAAUUGCAGAGUGGAAGACAGGUAGGUGGGACAAACAGUUUGAAGGGUUGGAGCAGGGAAUUGAACUCAUGCCUCUGGUGGGAAGAAGAAGCCAGCAGUGUUACCGCUAGACCACAGGAUCUACACAGAGCCAUAUGUGUACAUGGCAAAAUGUACAGUAUGUGUUGACCAAGUUGUUUUAUCUCCAUGACCCUAUGGUAUCUUGUGUUUUUAUGGUUCUGGGACAUGCAUGUCGGUAGCUCAGUUGGUAGAGCAUGGCGUUUCCAAUGCCAGGAUAAUCGGUUCAAUUCCCAAUUACCACUUGUACACAAAAAGUAUGCAAGCAUGACUGUAAGUUACCUGGAAUAAAUGCAUCAGCUAAAUGGCAUAUUUUUAAAUGUUAUUAGAACAGUGGUGUGUGUGUAAAAGGUGAACGUAAUAAUUAUGUUGCUCUUACAAUGUGUGUUUGAAUGAUACUUCUGUAAUAUCUUUGUAAACCUGAGUUCUCCUGAGACUCCAAAAAAGUGUGAAUUGAAAAAUGUAAAACGAGAAUCUUCCUUAUCAAUAAUCACAUUUAUUGAGAGGACAUUGACCAUGCACACUAUUAGAAGGAAGAAAUAUAUAGCUCAAUAACACCCUUGUUGGAGUUGGAACAGUACCGGCUUAUAGUAUUCUAGUUUACACCAUAAUCAAUGAAAGCAAUGGAAUCCUCAAGUGAAAAGUCCUCUGCUAGACUUGUGAUUUUCAUGCUAUGGUGUACCCCCUUCACAUCCCAACCUAUACGUGUAAUGUGUCCCUCCUUUAGGAUAAAUCCUGUACUGUAGUAACAGCAGUAUGUACUCAGUGUCAUUAUCAAACAAUGCACUUGUUGUAUUAGGAACUGCCAUAGGAAGAUAAAGUGACAGUAUUCACAGAUACACAGUUUUCUGGACAAUUAAUGAUUUGUAGUUGCAGUAUAUCAGUCACUAUUGGAUCUUCAUCUUUCAGUUACAGCAGUAAGAUGAAUGAAUGCCCAAACGUGAUAGUUUCAGCCUUUGUGGUUUAAAGAUAAUAGUUUACUGCUAAAAUCAUAGGAGGUGAAAAAUAUGCAGAUAAUAGUGUUAAAACUCUUAUUUUCCUGAGAAACAAACAAAUGAACUUUUAAGCCUUUCAAAGACAUAAUUUUUCAAGCAAUUUGCAUUUUUUAUGAAAAUAAGAAUAUGUACUUUCUUUUCAAGAGUAGCACAAAAAUGCUAUAGAAAAAAACUGUCCCCUAGGAACAUGGACAUAUAAACUCUUAUGUCACGCCCUGGCCUUAGUAUUCUUUGUUUUCUUUAUUAUUUUAGUUAGGUCAGGGUGUGACAUGGGGAAUGUAUGUGUUUUUGGAU